AUGCAAAUAUUUUUGAAUGAAUUAAAUUUAUGUGAACAAAGAGGUGAUAAAAUGAAAGCAAUUAUCAUUGAAAAUCAAUCUUUAACAAUCAUUCAAAAUAGUUCAUUUCAUUCACUAUCAAAUUUAACAGAAUCAGUUACAGAAUUUACUAUCGUCCUUAAAGAUAUUAUCAUUUCGAAUAAUCAAUGCAAUGGAAUAGUAUUGGAUGCAAAGUUAAAUUAUAUCAAUGUCAAUAUUUUACUUCUUUGUUAUGAAAAUAACCAAACAAUUGGAUGGAAUAAUUUGGGUAAAAAAUUUUGGCAAAAGAUAAUGAUAUUAUUGAUUUUGACAGUUGCUUUCAACUGUUUUAUAAUUACUGUAGUAAAAGGCAUUCAAUGGCUUUAUGGAAAGAAGAAAUCAGUUAAUUACAACAAAUUUAUAUCCGAUUUGAUUUACAGAUUCAUUAGAAGCAUUUUCCAGAUUUGCAAUAUUCAUAAUGAACGAAUGCUUCUGAUAUCACCGAAUAAUGGAAAAUGA